GUGUUGUCUUCUUGUCUCGAUUCAUAAGACCAAGACCAAACCUAACAUUUCUUACUUAAAUUUCUUAAUUUAAAUACAGUUUUGGUGAAUUUUCAUUUAAAUUUGUAUAUACGUAACUUCUUUAUUGUGUAAAACUAACCUUCUAGAGUUUAAACUUGACUUAUUCAAGGAAGAAGUUGGAGCGGUGAUAUUCAAAUUUAGAGAAACCAAGAAGAGCAGGCAUGGAGUGUAUUAUAGGAAUAGCUUUUAAGGACUAUGUCUUAUUAGCUGCAGACAUGUCAACAGUUCAUAGCAUUGUUGUUAUGAAAGAAGAUGAAAUCAAACUUCAUAAGCUGUCAGAACAUCUAGUGAUGGCGGCUGUGGGUGAGUCUGGGGACAAAACCCAGUUUGCAGAGUACAUUGCCAAGAACAUCCAAUUGUACAAAAUGAGAAACGGGUACGGGCUCGAUCCUGCUGCAGCAGCCCAUUACACUAGGAAAGCUCUGGCAGAAUACCUCCGCAGUAGGACACCGUAUGCUGUGAACAUGCUCCUCGGAGGUUAUGACAAAGAAGCAGGAGCUUCCCUGCAUUUUGUCGACUACUUAGCUUCCCUUGUCAAGGUCAAGUACUACGCCUUUGGCUACGGAGGAUAUGUGUCUCUCAGUGUCAUUGACAGAUACUACAAAGAUGGAGACUUAACUCCCGAAGAAGGAUACGACCUUAUGAAGAAAUGUGUAAUCGAGAUCCAGAAGCGUUUGGUCAUCAACUUACCUAACUUUAAGGUCCAGCUGAUCAACAAAGAUGGAAUCAUGGACUUGCCCAACAUAACCGCCAAGACACUUGCUCUGGAAGCAUCGAAUGCUGCUUAAAGAGGUUUCUAUUACUGUAUUUAUGUUUUGAUAAUUUCAAUGAAAUAUUAAUUAAUAAA